AAACAAAAAAAAAAUCAGAGCUCAGAGUCUGUCGCCAGAGUUAGCUGUGGCUACAGAAAAACAAAUUCAGACAAAAUCCCGGCAAAGUUAAAGGCCACAGCAAUGAUGCAGAACAAUAGUCCUACUGAACGCACACCUAAGGCAACACUGCCCAUGGAUAAGCAGUUGGUGGGCGGCAAGUACCGGGUGGGCAAGCGCAUUGGCUCGGGAUCCUUUGGCGAUAUCUAUCUGGGCGUUUGCUUGAAGGACGCUUCCGAGGUAGCCAUCAAGGUUGAACGAAACGAGGCCAAGUAUCCACAGCUGGCGUACGAGGCCAAGGUAUACCAGAAGUUGGAGAGAUGUUCAGGGUUUCCCACACUCAAGCACUACGGCAGCGAGGAGCACUACAAGGCCAUGGUGAUCGAGCUCCUUGGACCAUCUCUGGAGGAGCUAUUUUCUAUAUGCAAGCGUCGCUUCUCAAUGAAGACGGUUCUGAUGCUCACCGAUCAGCUGCUGUGUCGCCUGGAGAGUCUCCACAACGUUGGAUUCAUCCAUCGCGACAUCAAACCAGAUAACUUCCUGAUGGGCAUGGGCAAGCAGGCCCACAAGCUUUUUCUCAUUGAUUUUGGUUUGUCCAAGCGAUAUGUGGAUGCCGAGACCCGUCUGCAUAUUCCCAUUCGCACGGAUCGCAGUUUGACAGGAACCGUGCGCUAUGCUUCCAUCAAUGCCCAAAAGGGCAUUGAGCAGUCGCGUCGCGAUGAUCUGGAAUCGAUGUGCUACUGCCUGAUGUACUUCAACCUGGGAAGGCUGCCCUGGCAGGGCAUCACUGCCGACAGCAAGGCGCAGAAGUACGAAAAGAUCCUGGAGAAGAAGUGCAGCACAAAGAUCGAGCAUCUCUGCAAGUCGUUUCCAUCCGAGUUUGCUGUGGUCAUGAAAUACGUUCGCUGCAUGCGCUUCAACGAGGAUCCCGACUACACCUACAUGCGCAAACUGUUUGGUCUUUUAUCGCUCAAUCUCAACCUCAAAUACGACAAUAUAUUCGACUGGUCGCAGCUGAGAAAACAGAACCUGGAGCGUCAACGAGAGCGUGACCAGGAGCGAGCACGCGCGAUCACCGAAGCACGUCUGUCUCUGCCGAAGAAGACCGAGGUUAGCUCUGUGCUUAAGUACAGUCGCUGUGUCGGCGAUGUGUCGACAGCCAGCAAGAGAAAGUAGGACGACUACUUUC